AUGGCUUAUCACCUCACGCUGAAGGAUAACAAAAGGGAUAUAGGGGACAAGUACUUGAAUAAGAGAAGGCCAUAUGUGGAUAAACGCAAUACGUUGUGCAGUCAUUGUCACAAGCCAGGCCAAACAGAGGAGACAUGUUUCCAAGUCCAUGGAGUGCCAGAGUGGUACAGGACUUUAAAUGAGAAGAAGAAAAAGAGCAUGAGCAGUCGUAAAUUUGCAGCUGCAGCAACAUUGGAUUACGGGGUUGGGACUACGGAUUCUAUUAACACUAAGCACAUGACUGAGUUGAUGACAAGUUUAAUCAAAUUGAUGCAAAAGAGCACUCAACCUAAUGAUCUAAUCAACAACUUUGCAAACAAUGACGAGGAGUUUGCAGUCUCGUUAUCUGUUUUGCAGGAGUCCAAGUCGUUUUCUGAUGCCGUACAACACGAGGAGUGGAGGGAGGCUAUGCACACUGAAUUGCAGGCUUUGGACCGAAACAAUACUUGGAAGCUGGUUCCUCUAUCGCCUGGUAAAUGCGCCAUCGGUUGUAAGUGGGUUUUUAAGACGAAGUUGAAUACAGAUGGCUCGGUAGAACGGUACAAAGCACGCCUUGUGGUAAAGGGGUUCAACCAGAUUGAGGGGAUAGACUAUAGUGACAGUUUCUCCCCGGUGGCAAAGAAUGUCACUGUCCGUUUAUUUCUGGCGAUUACUGCUGCGAAUGGUUGGGCCCUUUAG